AUGCUUGCAGUUGGAGUUAUUUGCAGAUCCCAAGAUGCCGAGCUUUUCAGGGGAAACGGUGAUCUAGGAAGUAAUGCGGAACACGUUGAGAACGCACUGGAAACCAAUUUUGCCCUGGCUAAUCGAUGGGGAUGUAUUCUUCUGCUCGACGAGGCUGACGUCUUCUUGGCUAAGCGAUCUCCUCAAGACUUUGUCCGAAAUGGAUUGGUGUCAGUAUUCCUACGUGUGCUCGAAUAUUACGCAGGAAUUUUCUUCCUCACUACCAAUCGCAUUGGGGACUUUGAUGAGGCAUUUAGCUCUCGCAUUCAUAUCAGUCUACACUAUCCACAGUUGAAACUCCCUACUACUGAAGAGAUCCUGCAGCUCAAUAUCCGUUUAAUCAGGGAGCGUUUCCGACAAAAGAAUCGACUGCUCUCCAUUGAUGAGGAAGGUAUUCUAGCCUAUGCUAGAAGAUACUGGACAAAGCACAAGAAAAUGAGAUGGAACGGACGGCAGAUUCGGAACGCCUGCCAGACCGCUCUGGCACUUGCCGAGUUUGAUGCUGGCGGAGGAAACCACGAAAAAAAUCUCGAUCCAAAUGCAGAGGUCAAACUAACAGUCAGCCAUCUUAAAACGGUAGCCCGUGCCUAUCGAGAGUUUAUGUGGUAUUUGAACAAAUUGUACAAGACGGAUCAAGAUCGUCUGGCGCAUCAAAAGGGACUUCGAGCUCGGGAGCUGGAUGGGAAGGCGAUGGAUACUACGGACGAAGAAAUUGGCCCGGGUGAUAGCGAUGACGCUUGCGAAGGAGAAUCCCAUCCCUUGCCACAACAGCCAAGCACGCUAUCUUAG